AGUGACAGAGCCGGUUCCGACGGACGCAGGGCCAGACGGCAGUUGAGGCGUACCCGCUGCCCCCUGCCCACCCUCCUAAUCCCCCACCCCGCACUUCAGCCCCAGAGAGAUGCGCGGCCCUGGCGGCGGGGCACCGGCGACCGCAGCGCCGGGACCCGCGCGACCAGGUUCCUAGCAUCGGGUGCCGCCGCCCUACCUCAGGGAGGGCCGCGGAGACCCCGGCUUCGCUGGCUCAGGCACCCUGCCCGCUGGGCCUGUUCAGCCCCGCCAGGAGCGCGGGCCCACCAUGCUCCUGCUGUCGCCGCGCAGCGCGCUCCUCUCCGUCUAUUGCCCGCAGAUCUUUCUCAUCUUGUCCAGCGGCAGCUACCUAGCGCUGUCAUCCGUCGUGGCCCUGGGAGCCAACAUCAUCUGCAACAAGAUUCCGGGUUUGGCCCCGCGGCAGCGCGCCAUCUGCCAGAGCCGGCCCGAUGCUAUCAUUGUGAUUGGGGAGGGGGCGCAGAUGGGCAUCAACGAGUGCCAGCACCAGUUUCGCUUCGGGCGCUGGAACUGCUCCGCCCUCGGGGAGAAGACCGUCUUCGGGCAGGAGCUCCGAGUAGGGAGCCGUGAGGCCGCAUUCACGUAUGCCAUCACCGCAGCCGGUGUGGCCCAUGCCGUCACCGCCGCCUGCAGCCAGGGCAACCUGAGCAACUGCGGGUGCGACCGCGAGAAGCAGGGCUACUACAACCAGGCGGAGGGCUGGAAGUGGGGCGGCUGCUCCGCCGACGUGCGCUACGGCAUUGACUUCUCCCGGCGCUUCGUGGACGCCCGCGAGAUCAAGAAGAACGCGCGGCGCCUCAUGAACCUUCACAACAACGAGGCCGGCAGGAAGGUCCUGGAGGAGCGCAUGAAGCUGGAGUGCAAGUGCCACGGCGUGUCGGGCUCCUGCACCACCAAGACGUGCUGGACCACGCUGCCCAAGUUCCGUGAGGUGGGCCACCUGCUCAAGGAGAAGUACAACGCCGCCGUGCAGGUGGAGGUCGUGCGGGCCAGCCGCCUGCGGCAGCCCACCUUCCUGCGGCAUCAAAGCAGCUGCGCAGCUACCAGAAGCACCAUGGAGCCGGACCUGGUGUACAUCGAGAAGUCGCCAAACUACUGCGGAGGAGGACGGCCCGCCCCGGGCCAGCUUGGGCACCCAGGGCCGCCGUGCAACCGCACCUCCCCCGGGGCCGACUGCGACAUGUGCUGCGGCAGCGGCUACACCCACCAGUACACCAAGGUCUGGCAGUGCACUGCAAGUUUCCACUGGUGCUGCUUCGUCAAGUGCAACACCUGCCAGCGAGCGCACCGAGUCUUCACCUGCAAGUGA